CGAUUAGAGAAUUAAGGGGUGGCUUUAUAUACCAGGGCUGAGGGUUUUUCAGAACAAGAAAAGUUGUCACCCUCUUCACACGUACUGCGAGGACCAUCGGUCAUACAACCGUAGCAACUGUGGAAUACACCAAGUUUGUUCAUCAGGUUCCAUCUUAGGCAGUCACAAUGGCGCACAACGAAACAAAACCCCGAGGAGCGAUCGCUGCCAUGUACACCAGCCCUGGCCCAGCCUAUGGCCUACCGAAACUAAUUGGCCAGAAUACCCAUGAUCCUCGCAGUUCACACCAGAAAUACCCCGCAUACUCUUUUGGCAUCCGUCACGGCAAAUUCUGGGAUGACUGCAGUCCUGGCCCAUGCUACCUCCCUGACACCAAGGUGAACCGAGACGGAAUGGAUGGUACCCCCCAUUACUCCCUGUAUGGUCGCCAGAAGGAUAGCAAAUCAUUUAAGACCCCCGGGCCAGGUUCUUAUAAUCCUGAGAAAGUCGGCCCCACCGCCAAGUUCCGUCAUCCAGCCUACAGUUUUGGUACGAGGCAGAGAUACAGAAGAACCGACAAUAAUCCAGCUGCCAACAGCUACUCCUUGCCCAACAUGAUCGGCAAGACAGUUCAGAGUGGGAAGAAACAGGCAGCUUGUCACAGUCUCUCUGGGAGACAGACCGUUGGAGGCUCUUCUGAGGAUCUGGCCAGGGCCCCUGGACCAGGCACCUACAACACCACUGACCCCAGCACGUUCAAGAUGAAGGCCCCUCUGUACAGCAUGACCAGCAGAAGCGUCAUGCCCGGCGACACCACCAAGAAGCCUGGCCCAGGAGCUCACUCACCACAGAAGGUGUGGAUCCACAAGAAGAAGGAACCCGACUACUCCUUCGGAAUCCGACACAGCCAGUACCUUACCCCACUCAUUGUUGAUGUUCAAGAAUAGGUCUCCAUAGCAACCGACACAAGCAAUCCAAGACACAUUGUUCAAUGCACAGAACAAAACAGACGUUUCAUGAUAAAUGCCUUCCUCAAUCAACUUGUGGAUUUUGUACAGCGCAGCCUUUUACCAUUGUUAUGUAUCAUAGAAUUUAAUGGGUCACAUGUUCAGUGACUUUUUGCCAAAAAUGAGAGCUUUGCUCAAAGUUACAGUAUUAGUACUGACAUAAACGUGAUUUCAUAUAAGGACUAGUUACUUCUACCAAACGUUUCGCAAAUGUUUUCGCGGUAGGAGAAAUUUAAAUCAAAGGGGGACUAUUUUGUGUUAUCUGGAUUUCAACCGACCAUGUAUUAUUUAUAUCGUUGUUUACAGCAUAACAAUAUGAAUGUUUUAUGUGUUAUUGUACAUUUUUAUGUUUAAUGCCCCCAAAGCAUGUAUAUGUAUAGCUUUGAGUUUCUUUGAAUUAAACAUAUAUGAGAUA